AUAAAACAUUUUGUGAUCACAGUACUGCCAUCUGGGAAGGUAAUGAUUGAAAAAUAUGCGUUUGAGUCGGUCAGUUCCAUGGUGGAAUAUCACCUCAACAAGAAGGAUUCACUCACAAAGGCUCAAGAAAUUAUAUUGCGAAAUCCAAUUACUCGGCAAAGUUGGGAGUUGUCGCAUGACGACGUGGAACUAACUAAGAAACUAGGCGAAGGAGCCUUCGGUGAAGUACACAUGGGGAAGUUAAAAUUGAAGUCCGGCGCCAAGGUUACCGUUGCAAUUAAGCUCGCGAAGCUCGAAGUUUUGACGAAGGAACAGAUUAAAGAAAUAAUGCAUGAAGCACGACUGAUGAGACAUUUCGAUCAUCCAAAUAUUGUUAAAUUCUACGGUGUGGCGGCUGGCCAAGAGCCUCUGAUGGUUAUAAUGGAACUCGUAAGAGCAACUUUGGCAAUAUUUUUGGAACUUCAUUUGCUUUAA